UAGUUCCUGCCAAGUUUUGACAUUUCCAGCUUCGUCAAAGUUUGACAAUGCGACGAUUACGUUCAUAUUAACUGACAGGACUGAGAUAAACUUCUUACUGCAUGUUCAAGGGAUAUUGAGCAGUCCAGACUUGACCUACAAAGAUGUGAACUCCACCCAUAUCAUCCUCAAGUGGGGAUGAACCAUUUUCAUGGGUGCAGCCUGGAAACAUUUCCUACGUCCUUACUCUGAUAGGGACUGAUACAAGGAUGAUUCGCCUUAGUGCUACAAGUUUCACAACCUCAAGACCCCAUGAUGUGCUGAAGGCAGUCCUGACUGCCGGGAACACCGUGGGAGAGGGAGAAAAUUCUAUUCUCAACAUUUCAUUUGAUGGGUGUGAACCACAAGGUAAAUACUAUUGCGCAACGCUGUGUGGCCGACUAUAGCACAAUGUGUUUUGUAUAUAGCACUCAGCAAUACAUUGUCAUGUGAAUUGUUACAUCAUAGAGUCAUGUGAGUCAACCUCCAUCUCUAACAGGUGAAUCAAGCCAAGAGCACUUCCAUAUCAGGAACUGGGAAGGGUUUCGUGUGUAUGUGGAGUUAUUUACUCUCCUGGUAAGCUGUAGGGGAUUCCCCAGGGACUUAUGAUCAUGAAUAUAAUUAACCUGCAGGAGAAUAUAGAGUACUGUCUUCCAGACAAUAUUACUGUUGUCCAUGACAACGUCAAAAAAACAGUCAAGAUAAUGUACAAUAACAAUAAAGUAUAUAUUUUACUACCCAACGUGACUGAGGUACGGCAUGUGACCGACUUUCUCAUCUGGUACCUGUCACAGUUGCACCUACACUACUCCACCUACAAGGUGCAGGAUGUGAGUGUGACUGGAGAUAGCUACAAGAAGACUCUCCAGUGCCACUUUCUCGAUGGAACGGAGCACGACACCUGUUUCAUUGAGGUUGAGGGAGAUGAUCGGCCUCUCUCUGGUUCAGAUGUCUACCACUUCAGCAAGCCAGGGAACCACACUUUGAGGGUCUAUGAUAAUAGGGCACAGAGAGAUGCGGGAGCUGAGCCAGCUAAAGUUCUCAAUAUCACCAUCGGUGAUGUACAAACAGAGGAAAAUGGAGAAGGUUUCACUUGGGUCAUUAUAGUAGGAGUUGUGCUACUGCCGGUGUUUUUACUGGCGGUAAUUGGCCUUUUGCUAUACUGCACACUACGCAAACACGCUUGCAAUGAAGUACCUACCCGCAAUGAAGAUGAAGCUGAACACGGAAGUGGAUCGAACGAUUCUCAGCAACAUGGGUCUGCUGUUGAUGACAUUGCUAAUGUGGUUCACCAGGCAACUGCUCCAGAGGAGGGCAAGGACGACCUCGAAAUUGGCAUUGGAGAGAUUGUAAUUACAGCUGUAGGUAUACGUAAUCGUCAAAGGGUCCCUGCACAUCACCGAAGCAAUGAAAACCAUGUGGCUAUCAGGAUAGAAGAGGAAUGCAACAAUAAGUCCAUCAAGGAUCUUCCCACUACUGAGGGCCAGCAAGUAUCCAGUGAUGCGGAAAAGGAAGUGGAGGUGACAGUGGAAGGUUUGGAGAUUCCAGAACUACACCAAGGCCCAGUGGAGGAAAACAUUAAUUGAACAGUAACAUUUAGAGCCGUGCAUAAUAAUAUUACAACAUGUAGAAUGUUUUUUAGCUACAAUACCAUUACAUACAGUAGAUCACAUGAGUAAAGCGUACACAUUAUUAUUGUAUAUUGAACAUCAUGUGUGAAUUACAUAUUCAUGAGGUGUGCAUCCCUGAGCUACACUGUGAAUACCUAUGUUUGCUGAGUCAUUCUAUCAUU